AGCGCGCAUGCUCGCGGCUCGGCGCUGAAAUUCAAAUUUGAACGGCUGCAGAGGCCGAGUCCGGCACUAGAAGCCGAGAGGAGAGGACAGCUGGUUGUGGGAGAGUUUCCCCGCCUCAGACUCCUGGUUUUUUCCAGGAGACACACUGAGCCGAGACUCACUUUUCUCUUCCUGAAUUUGAACCACCGUUUCCAUCGUCUCGUAGUCCGACGCCUGGGGCGAUGGAUCCGUUUACCGAGAAACUGCUGGAGCGAACCCGUGCCAGGCGAGAGAAUCUUCAGAGAAAAAUGGCUGAGAGACCCACAGCAGCUCCAAGGUCUAUGACGCAUGCUAAGCGAGCCAGACAGCCACUUUCAGAAGCAAGUAACCAGCAGCGCCUCUCUGGUGGUGAAGAGAAAUCUUGUACGAAACCAUCACCAUCAAAAAAACGCUGUUCUGACAACACUGAAGUAGAAGUUUCUAGCUUGGAAAAUAAACAACCAGUUGAGUCAUCAUCUGCAAAAUCUUGUUCUCCAAGUCCUGUAUCUCCUCAGGUGCAGCCACAAGCAGCCGAUACCGUCAGUGAUUCUGUGGCUGUCCCGGCAUCACUGCUGGGCAUGAGGAGAGGGCUGAACUCAAGAUUGGAAGCAACUGCAGCCUCCUCAGUUAAAACACGUAUGCAAAAACUUGCGGAGCAACGGCGCCUUUGGGAUAAUGAUGAUAUGACAGAUGAUAUUCCUGAAAGCUCACUCUUCUCACCAAUACCAUCAGAGGAAAAAGCUGCUUCCCCUCCUAAACCACCACUUUCAAAUGCCUCAGCAGCUCCAGUUGGGAGAAGGGGCCGUCUGGCCAACCUUGCUGCAACUAUUUGCUCCUGGGAAGAUGAUGUAAAUCACUCAUUUGCAAAACAAAACAGUGUACAAGAACAGCCUGGUACCACUUGUUUAUCCAAAUUUUCCUCUGCAAGUGGAGCAUCUGCUAGGAUCAAUAGCAGCAGUGUUAAGCAGGAAACUACAUGCUGUUCCCAAAGGGAUGGCGAUGCCUCUUUGAAUAAAGCCCCAUCCUCAAGUGCUGAUGAUACAUCUUUGGUUAAUGCCUCAAUUUCCAGCUCUGUGAAAGCUACUACUUCUCCAGUGAAAUCUACUACAUCUAUCACUGAUGCUAAAAGUUGUGAGGGACAAAAUCCUGAACUACUUCCAAAAACUCCGAUUAGUCCUCUGAAAACGGGGGUAUCGAAACCAAUUGUGAAGUCAACUUUAUCCCAGACGGUUCCGUCCAAAGGAGAACUAAAUAGAGAAAUUUGUCUGCAAUCUCAACCUAAAGACAAAUCUACAACACCAGGAGGAGCAGGAAUUAAGCCUUUCCUGGAACGCUUUGGAGAGCGUUGUCAAGAACACAGCAAAGAAAGUCCAGCUCGUAGCAUACCGCAUAGAACCCCCAUUAUUACUCCAAAUACAAAGGCCAUCCAAGAAAGAUUAUUCAAGCAAGACACAUCUUCAUCUACUACCCAUUUAGCACAACAGCUCAAGCAGGAACGUCAAAAAGAACUAGCAUGUCUUCGUGGCCGUUUUGACAAGGGCAAUAUAUGGAGUGCAGAAAAAGGCGGAAACUCAAAAAGCAAACAACUGGAAACCAAACAGGAAACUCACUGUCAGAGCACUCCCCUCAAAAAACACCAAGGUGUUUCAAAAACUCAGUCACUUCCAGUAACAGAAAAGGUGACAGAAAACCAGACACCAGCCAAAAAUUCCAGUACAGAACCUAUAGACGUGAUACGUGAAAUUGAGAUGAGUGUGGAUAAUGAUGAUGAUAUCAAUAGUUCAAAAGUAAUUAAUGACAUCUUCAGUGAUGUCCUAGAGGAAGGUGAACUAGAUAUGGAGAAGAGCCAAGAGGAGAUGGAUCAAGCAUUAGCAGAAAGCAGCGAGGAACAGGAAGAUGCACUGAAUAUCUCCUCAAUGUCUUUACUUGCACCGUUGGCACAAACAGUUGGUGUGGUAAGUCCAGAGGGUUUAGUGUCCACACCUAGACUGGAAUUGAAAGACACCAGCAGAAGUGAUGAAAGUCCAAAACCAGGAAAAUUCCAAAGAACUCGUGUCCCUCGGGCUGAAUCUGGUGAUAGCCUUGGUUCUGAAGAUCGUGAUCUUCUUUACAGCAUUGAUGCAUAUAGAUCUCAAAGAUUCAAAGAAACAGAACGUCCGUCAAUAAAGCAGGUGAUUGUUCGGAAGGAAGAUGUUACUUCAAAACUGGAUGAAAAAAAUAAUGCCUUUCCUUGUCAAGUUAAUAUCAAACAGAAAAUGCAGGAACUCAAUAACGAAAUAAAUAUGCAACAGACAGUGAUCUAUCAAGCUAGCCAGGCUCUUAACUGCUGUGUUGAUGAAGAGCAUGGAAAAGGAUCCCUAGAAGAAGCUGAAGCAGAAAGACUUCUUCUAAUUGCAACUGAGAAGAGAACACUUUUGAUUGACGAAUUGAAUAAAUUGAAGAACGAAGGACCUCAGAGGAAGAAUAAGGCUAGUCCUGUAUCCCAAAGUGAAUUUAUGCCAUCCAAAGGAUCAGUUACUUUGUCAGAAAUCCGCUUGCCUCUAAAAGCAGAUUUUGUCUGCAGUACAAUUCAGAAACCAGAUGCAGCAAAUUACUAUUACUUAAUUAUACUAAAAGCAGGAGCUGAAAAUAUGGUAGCCACACCAUUAGCAAGUACUUCAAACUCUCUUAACGGUGAUGCUCUGACAUUCACUACUACAUUUACUCUGCAAGAUGUAUCCAAUGACUUUGAAAUAAAUAUUGAAGUUUACAGCUUGGUGCAAAAGAAAGAUCCCUCAGGCCUUGAUAAGAAGAAAAAAACAUCCAAGUCCAAGGCUAUUACUCCAAAGCGACUCCUCACAUCUAUAACCACAAAAAGCAACAUUGCUUCUUCAGUCAUGGCCAGUCCAGGAGGUCUCAAUGCUGUGCGAACCAGCAACUUCGCGCUUGUCGGAUCUUACACAUUAUCAUUGUCUUCAGUGGGAAAUACUAAGUUUGUUCUGGACAAGGUCCCCUUUUUAUCUUCUUUGGAAGGUCAUAUUUAUUUAAAAAUAAAAUGUCAAGUGAAUUCCAGUGUUGAAGAAAGAGGGUUUCUAACCAUAUUUGAAGAUGUUAGUGGUUUUGGUGCCUGGCAUCGAAGAUGGUGUGUUCUUUCUGGAAACUGUAUAUCUUAUUGGACUUAUCCAGAUGAUGAGAAACGAAAGAAUCCCAUAGGAAGGAUAAAUCUGGCUAAUUGUACCAGUCGUCAGAUAGAACCAGCCAACAGAGAAUUUUGUGCAAGACGCAACACUUUUGAAUUAAUUACUGUCCGACCACAAAGAGAAGAUGACCGAGAGACUCUUGUCAGCCAAUGCAGGGACACACUCUGUGUCACCAAGAACUGGCUGUCUGCAGAUACUAAAGAAGAGCGGGAUCUCUGGAUGCAAAAACUCAAUCAAGUUCUUGUUGAUAUUCGCCUCUGGCAACCUGAUGCUUGCUACAAACCUAUUGGAAAGCCUUAAACUGGGAAAUUUCCAUGCUAUCUAGAGCUUUUUUGAUGUCAUCUUAAGAAACACACUUAAGAGCAUCAGAUUUACUGAUUGCAUUUUAUGCUUUAAGUACGAAAGGGUUUGUGCCAAUAUUCACUAUGUAUUAUGCAGUAUUUAUAUCUUUUGUUUGUAAAACUUUAACUGAUUUCUGUCAUUCAUCAAUGAGUAGAAGUAAAUACAUUAUAGUUGAUUUUGCUAAAUCUUAAUUUAAAAGCCUCAUUUUCCUAGAAAUCUAAUUAUUCAGUUAUUCAUGACAAUUUUUUUUUAAAGUAAGAAAUUCUGAGUCGUCUUCUUGGAGCUGUAGGUCUUGAAACAGCAAUGUCUUUCAGGGGUUGGAGACAGAAACCCCAUUCUCCAAUCUCAGUACUUUUUUUGAAAGGCUGUGAUCAUUUAUUGAUCAUGACAUGUCUUGUUACUAGGGUACUGAAAAAAUGUCUAAGGCCUUUACAGAAACAUUUUUAGUGAUGAGGAUGAGAACUUUUUCAAAUAGCAAAUAUAUAUUGGCUUAAAGUGUGAGGCUGCCUUCAGGAAAGAGAUGUGGACAUAGGAGGCAAUGUGUGAGACUUGGGGGUUCAAUAUUUUAUAUAGAAGAGUUAAUAAGCACAUGGUUUACAUUUACUCAGCUACUAUAUAUGCAAUGUGGUGCACAUUUUCAUAGAAUUCUGGCUUCAUUACGAUCAGACUUAGCAUAUUAGUUUUUUCUGUAAUAAGCUUACAGACUUAGCAUAUUAGUUUUUUCUACUACAACAAGUGUAAAUUGAAAAAUCUUUAUAUUAAAAAAGUAAACUGUUACGAAGCUGCUAUGGACUAAUAAUACUUUGCUUGCCAAAGUGGGUUUUGUUGUUGUUUGGUUUUUUUUUUUUUUUUUUUUUUUGGUUCAUGAACAAUAAUGUCUAGAAACCCAUUUUGAAAUUGGAAAAUUAUUAAGUCACAUAUCACCUUUAAAUGCCUUUUUUUAAUCAUAAAAUAUUGUAAAGCAGGGUCUCAACUUUUAAAUACUUUGAAUUUCUUCUCUGAAUUAUUAAAGUUCUUUAUGACCUCAUUUAUAAACACUAAAUUCUGUCACCUCCUGUCAUUUUUUUUUUAUUCAUUCAAAUGUAUUUUUUCUUGUGUAUAUUAUAAAAAUAUAUUUUAUGAGCUCUUACUCAAAUAAAUACCUGUAAAUGUCUAAAGGAA